AAAUUAAUUACAUAAUUAAAUUUCUAAGAAUAUGUCAAUGCAAAAAUAUUAUAAAACCAUCUGUAAUCAAAAUGCAAAAAUAAAAAGGAUUAUAAAAAAAGAAAAUAAAAAAAUAGAGAGACAGAUUAUGCUGUAUUGCAAACAGAGUUGUCUUCUAGCCGUUAUGAAGAGUUUUACAUUUCUAUAACUCCCUCCUAAUUCUCUCUCUUUCCUUCAUUUUUUUUUGCGACUAAAACAAUUUUUUCCCAGAGUUUUUUUUUUCCGUGUUUAGGAGUGUAUAAGCAAUGGCCAUGACAGAUACCAUGCCUGGACCUAUGGCGCAAUCCCUUAAACCAGGACUUGAGAAACCUGACAUGGAUAACUACGAUGAUGAGAAGAAAACAAAGCUUGGUUCUUUCAAAAAGGCGGCUUUUAAUGUCUCAAGCAUGGUUAGGAAUUCGUUAACAAAGAAAGGUAGAAGGAAUAGCAGGGUCAUGUCUAUUUCUUUUGAAGAUGAACAUGAUGCAGAGGAAAUGCAGGCUGUAGAUGCAUUUCGUCAGGCUCUUAUUUUGGAAGAAUUACUGCCUUCAAAGCAUGAUGAUUAUCAUAUGCUUCUUAGAUUCUUGAAGGCUAGGAAGUUUGAUAUCGAAAAGUCAAAGCAAAUGUGGAGUGAUAUGCUACAAUGGAGGAAGGAGUUUGGUGCUGACACAAUCAUGGAGGAUUUUGAGUUCAAGGAAGUUGAAGAAGUCAAACAGUAUUAUCCACAAGGACACCAUGGAGUUGACAAGGAAGGGAGGCCAGUUUACAUUGAAAAGCUUGGUCAGGUUGAUCCUAACAAGUUGAUGCAAGUCACUUCCAUGGACAGAUAUCUUAAAUAUCAUGUUCAGGAAUUUGAGAGGACUUUUAUUGAUAAGUUUCCAGCUUGUUCAAUUGCUGCAAAGAGACACAUUGAUCAAAGCACCACUAUUUUGGAUGUUCAAGGAGUGGGGCUUAAGAACUUUAACAAGGCAGCAAGGGAACUCAUUCAGCGCCUUCAGAAGAUAGACGGUGACAACUACCCUGAGACCUUGUGUAGGAUGUUCAUCAUCAAUGCAGGAUCAGGUUUCAGGCUGUUGUGGAGCACCGUUAAGUCGUUCCUUGAUCCCAAGACAACUCAGAAGAUUCAUGUCCUGGGCAACAAGUACCAAAGCAAGCUGUUGGAGAUCAUUGAUGCCAGUGAACUGCCAGAGUUUUUGGGUGGUACCUGCACUUGUGCAGCAAAAGGUGGCUGCCUGAAUUCUGACAAAGGACCAUGGAAUGAUCCUGAGAUAAUGAAGAUGGUUCGUAAUGGUGAGGCCAAAUGCAGCGUAAGAGGUCCUUUCCCGGUGAUAGAUGAGAAAACCAUUGGUGAAGAUGAGAUGGCAAAACCUAAGUUCUUUGUUUCGCAGAAUGUGAAAGUAUGCGAUUCAGAUGGUUUCCAAUAUUAUGCACCCAAAGAACAUGUGUGCAAAGAUGCACCAAACGCCUUCCCAUAUGACAACUUUGUCCCAAUGGCAGAAAAAGACAUGGACAAAAUGUGGAUCAAACCUGUGGAUAAGAACAUGUCCAUGUCCAAAGGUAGUUACCCAUCAAAGAACAGUUUCGAGGGUUCUAAUCAGAAAUUCAGUAAUCAUCUAGUGUCAGGUCUUAUGUCCAUGAUGAUGGGAAUUGUAACAAUGAUCAGAAUUACUCGAAACAUGCCAAAGAAGCUCACUGAUGCGACCUUAUAUAGUUAUUGUGAUGAGUCUGCUGUUAAGGACUCACACAAAUUGCCAGCACCGGCAAUUUCUGAGGUUGAGUAUUUUGCAAUGAUGAAACGCAUGGGUGAACUGGAAGGGAAAGUGAUUUCCCUUAGCUCGAAACCAGACACCAUGCCUGUUGAGAAAGAGGAAAUGCUCAACAAUGCAUUGAGCCGUGUAGAUGUCCUUGAACAACAACUUUCUUCAACCAAGAAGCUUCUUGAGGAGUCCAUGCAAAGACAGAACGAGCUUUUUGCAUUCUUGGAAAAGAAGAAGAAAAAGAAGAAGAUGAUGUUCCUUUUUUGAGUGCACCAGUUUCUCGGGUCAGAGAUAGUAGAAGUGAGAUGUCUGUAUACUGCUUGCUGUAAUAUUAAAGAGUCGAAGAGUCUCUACCUGGUGGCGAUUGUGAGUUUUAGCCCCACUAUCCCCCCCUCGACGUUUGCCUGAUGCGUUGUAUAUUACUACCACCGCCACCGCCACCACCACCACCACCCCAGAUUGUCUUUAUAUAUAUAUAUAUAAUUCUUCCGGAAAGUUUGUAAAUCGUAAGAAUGACUUCAGAAGAUACUUGUAUCAGUGACACUAUUGUGUUUUAUGACUUUUGGUGGAAUAGAAACUGGAUUGCGCAGUUCAUCUUUUUAUCAUGUUA